AUGAGAGUGUCCGCCGGAAAAAAUAGUGAGUUGAUAAGUGAAGUAAACAGCCUCAAUUCUCAGAUAAUUGUUUUGAAAAAGGCUUUGUCUUCUCAUGAAAAUUUCAAUCAGUCUCAAGUUUCUUCUCAGCCUAGUACGUUGGUAAACAAUUUUGAGGAAGUGGAGCGUAGGCGCUCAGUUGUUAUCAUAGGAGUUAAGGAAUCUUCUGCCGCACUUUCUUCUGAUCGAGUUCUGUAUGACUCCUCUUGCAUCAGGCAAAUACUUGAUUACUCAUCUGUCGAUUAUCUAUCUACCGAAUGGGACGCUUUACUCUUGAAAGUUGUUUUCCCCUCGUAUUUCUUUGCUUCGUUGUUGGUUAAACGUGCCCCUCAGCUCAAAUAUUUUCGAGAGAAGGGAAUUUUUAUUAGACCUUCUCUGUCUAAAUCAGAACGUGACCUUUUGAGAGUUCAAAGACUUACUCGUGUAGCGACUCAUGUUUCACCUUCUGUUUGUGUUAAUAACGGAGAAGCGGAGCCUUCUUCUACUGUUGGUAAUAGUACUGCCCUUAGUCAAGCCCCAGGUCCAAUUUCUGAUUCUUCCUUCAUUCAGUGUUGUGAAAAACAUGGGAAGCCCAAGGCUAAGGCCUUUAUGGAAACCGAACCAUCGAUACUUUGUGUUGUGGCCAAUAUAAGAUCUAUUAUGAGGAAUUUGGAUGCUUUGACUCUACUCAUUAAAAGUGGCAUUGACAUUAUUGCUCUAACUGAGACCUGGCUAAAUCCGGCGGCUGACUUGCCUCCACUGUUGAGCGAUGCUUGUUCCAAUUAUACAGUGAUCAGAUGCGACCGAGAUUCUGCAAGGGGAGGUGGUGUUGCUAUGUUGGUUCGCAACUCUCUCGCCCCAGUUGUUAUAUUCAGUGAGUCCGCCCCAAGGGGUUAUGAAAUUCUCUGUUGUGAUGUACGCACUGGUCUCAGCUUGACACGAUUUGUACUAGUUUAUCGAACCCCCAGUUGCACAGUUGCCUUGACUGAUCAAAUGCUCAAAGCUAUCAGUGAUGUUAUAUCUUGCAGUUGUGUUGUGACAGGAGAUUUUAAUUUCCCCGAGUUACAGUGGGAUAGUUCGCCGAAAAUAAGUGGUAGUUCCAGUGCCCUCGAUUUCAGGACAUUUUGUCAAAACUUGUGGUCUUACUCAGCUGGUUCGUGA